ACUAUGACAGUCCUCUCCAAUCAGACUCGCGCACUCAGAACGUGCAACCCAAUUCCGUAGAAAGACCAAGUGUCAAAUCCUACAUUAUUAUAGCAACUACAUCAUUAUUAUUCAAUCACACCACAAACAAUAAAGCUUUACACGAGUCCAAACUCCCACCUGAAAACUCGCCUGAAAAACCACUAUUAACACUGUGUUUGUGUGUGUGUUUUGUUGGCAUAAAGAUAGGGCUGAGUGGCUGACAUUUUCUCACGCCUCAACUUUUCUUCAUUUCUAAGCAGUUCUCAUAGUUUUACACACAAGAAAAAAAAAAAAAAAAGAGCAAAGGUCCAAGAAUGUUGUGUUGUGUGUAGAUCAAUAUCCAGUUUGAAAUAGAAUGACAACUUGACAAGGUUGGGGUGGCUAUGGUUGAAAGAAUUGAAUUAUGAUGAGCCUAUACAAGGGAAAGGAGGCAAACCCAGAUUAUAGAAGAGGUAGUAGAUCCCAUGCAACAAGGCCAUGGAUGAGGUACCUGGCUCAGUGGGGACAAGUGCUGGCUUCUCUUUGAGGUUGGGCCAGACCAUCUUUUCCUCUGCUUCUCUUCUUUUCAUGUCUCUGGGUGUAGAAUUCUACAGCUACACUGCUUUCUGCUACUUGGUGACAAUCAUGGGUUUGGUUAUACCUUGGAGUUUCACUUUGGCCUUGGUGGAUGGAUACUCUGUUCUGGUUAAAUGUCCUAUUCGGCAGCCAGGAAUACUGGUCAUCAUUGUUGUAGGAGAUUGGGUAUUAUCCAUUCUCACACUCGCUGCAGCUUGCUCAACAGCUAGUGUUGUGGACCUUCUGCUCCAUGCUGAAAGGUCAUAUUGCCCUCCAAAGUUUUGCAGCAGAUAUCAGAUAUCCGCUGCCAUGGCUUUCUUGACAUGGUUUCUGUCUUUGGCUUCAGCUCUGUUCAAUCUUUGGUUACUCCCUGCCUUGUGAUACUUACUUGGAUUUUGGCUAUGUACUAUAUUAUAGAAUUUUGUGGCCAGAACCAAUAUCAUCCAGAUUUUUGUUACUCUGAAUUUGUACAUUAAUACUUUUAUUGUGUCCAAAUUUUAGAAGAUGAGGGUUUUCAAUCAUACAAUUACAAAGUUGUAAAUUGUUGUCAAGAAUUUCUAAGGAAUUACACUGACUAGUAUCAUUAGUUUGGGCACCUCAUUUUCUGGGGUCCAUGAGAAAGACUAACAACCCCCUUUAGUGACCUCUGGCAGUCCCAGUUAUAAAUUUCUUAGCCCUAAACAACCUGGGAACAAGGAUUUAAUGACAGUUUUCUCAUUUUCUGGGGUCCAUGAGAAAGACUAACAACCCCCUUUAGUGACCUCUGGCAGUCCCAGUUAUAAAUUUCUUAGCCCUAAACAACCUGGGAACAAGGAUUUAAUGACAGUUUAUACAGGUCCAAUCAUAUUAAUUAAAUUGGUUUUUGCAGGAUAGACUUUUCUUUAUAUCCUUAGAAAACACCUCUUCUAGUAGCUUAUGAAGAUACCAGUGAAGUGAGUGACCAAAUUGAGCAGGAAGACUUUAAAUUCCAGCUUGGAACAUGGUAGACUAGAGAGAGUUUAGCAGUGGUUGCAGAAUGCUGAGCAUGUGAAAUGAUCAAAUUGAGUACUGUAUUGUCAAAACUGCAGUAUGUCUUAUUUACAAGUAAAAAUUAUUCAACUCUCAAGAUCCACUCAAUGCAUACAAUCAACUCACAGUUGUAGGAGGUGGUAAAUUAUAUUGGCAAAGAAUCGAUUACUAUGAUUUCAAUCUUCUCCUCUCCCGGUGCAUAAUCCUAUUAUCAUUGCCGUAAUAUGCAGCCAUGAGUGUGGAAUGAUCGUUCUCCAGGAAAAGAUAACAGAUGUCCACAAGGGGCAUCUAACAAAAGAUCAACAGCAGGCACAAUUUAUGCACUUCUGAAAUUACAAUUUACAACUGUAAUGAGCAAUCGAAGUCAAGAAGUUACCCCAUUUUCGAAUGAUCCCUAAUGUGCAGCCAACCAUUGUCCCUAGGCAUGCUCACCAAAUGCCUGCCUGAAUUGUCCUCACAUGUUAUCAAGUAAGCACUAUAAAUGAAUCCUUGU